CGGUGUAUUAUUUAAAAGGAUAUUCAAAAAUGAAAGAAUGCUGCGUAAUUUUUCCAGUUUGUUAACUAAUAGAAACACACUAAUUAUACUGCUUAAUCGAAAUUUCACUUCCCUAGAAGUUUCUACUGCUUUGAGACCCUUUUAUUUUGCAGUUCAUCCCGAUUUAUUUGGAAAGUAUCCUAGAGAAAGGGCUAGGAAUGAAUCAUCAUUACAACAGUUGAGUUCCAUUUUAGAGAAAAUUCAAAAAUCUAAAUUUGUUCCUCCUGUGAGCUUAAGUUUCUAUGUUAAAGACAAAGCAAAGAAAACAGGCAAAUUUCGUUUCAUUAACAUCCACUUACAGGGUAAUGAUAUUCGUACGACAUUGUGUACAAUUCUACAAAGCUGUGAUUUACCAACUGAUUAUGUAGAUAGAAUUAUCCCUCUGCCCUCUACAGAUAAUCCUAACACAAAUUUUAAAUUCAGAUAUAAAAAUGAGGUUGACUUCACAAAAGUCAAUCAAAAUCAUCCCAUUUAUGCACACAUUAAGAUGCAGAUGGAUAUGAAAAGGGCACAAGAAUUAUUAAGGCUUAAAAACUAUUUACAGAAAAAUGCCCUUGAAGCUUUGAAGAAGUCUAGAAAGGGAGAUAUCCAUAGGGAAGAGGUUAAAAGGCUUCAAGAAAUAAUUACAAAUGAACUUCAAGUGGAAGAUUUACGUUGGGAUUGUAGUUGGAAUGAAGAACAUCGUAAAGGGUGUUUACUCAGUUUUAUGUCUCUGGUAAACCAACAUCCCAGAAUUAAAUAUGUUUUAAAAGGUAGAGUGCUCAUAUUUUCCUCAUUUUUUACUGGUGUUAGCCUUGAUGGACACAUAAUGCUUUACAGUGGAGAAGUUCGCAAUAACUGGUUAGAUUUUUUAAAGAAUAUUGACAGAUAUGAUGAAGCUUUGAAGAGAAUACCAGCUUUUGAAAAUUCUUUGUCUCAUGUAUUGAGAAAAAUUAAAAUUGGCAGGAGAAAGUUUAUGCCCAAAAUAGUAGCAGGUCAAUAUGAACAAAAUUUAAGGCAAAUUACCACAUCUCUCAGUGAUUAUAUAGGUUUAAAACACUUUCCUGACGAAUGGCCUACUAGCUUAGAAAAUUUCGAAAUAGUCGUCGAGACUGAGGCUGGUCCAUUAAUGGUAUCACCUACUGGACAAUUUAUCGUCCCUGCGACAAUUCCUGGGUCUUUAUUGGUAAAUUUUAUUACUACUAACUUAGAGGAAGCUAGCAAAAAAAAUUGUGGACUAUAAAAGUAAUAAAUAUUUGGAACGAGCUUUAAAUAAAAAGUGUAUAGAAGAUCUCCAGCUUGCUGUUUUAUCCAAAGACGACAACAUCACUCCAGAUUUGAUGAUAAAGUGUUGCGAACAAUUGAUUAAUAACAAAUUCGAAUUGCAGCCUUAUACAAAAGAUCUUCGCUUGAAUAUAUCUACAUACUAUUCUGUACUCUCCGAUGGAGUAGUAUGCAUACCUUGGAAUUUCGACUUAUGAUUGAACGACACUCUUUAAGUAGAUUAUUUAUUAGUAGAUAUAUAUUUAUAAGUAGAGAAAAUUAAAUAUUUGAUAAAUU